UUCAGUGUCGCUGUUGGUUUCUGGUGCUGAACUGAACGGGUUGAGAGGAUGAGGAAGUCGGACGGCGGAGUCAAAAGGUUUGACCUGUUGCUGAACAUCUUUAAAUGCUCUUUAGACGGAAUGUGACGGAGAAACGGUCGGAGGAGGCUUCAAGCAGCCCGACGAGCUGUUACUGAUCGCCAGCUUUACACACGAACCCUCUGCCAUGAUGGAUUCCAAGAAAGUUGGCAAGCUACGCACUCUUCACCUGAAGAUGCUGCCGCAUUUUCGGCGUAACAAGAAAAGUUCCAGCAACCAGCCCUGUCAAGUGGAACGUAGCAUGGACCAUCGGCUGAGCAUCUCCGUUGCAGAUGUAAGAAGCAUGAGGGAGGAGUACAAUCAGGUCGCCAAAAUACAACUCCAGCAGAACAGCCCGACAACACGCAACGGUGACUCCAGGCUGCCUAAUAAAGCUGCUGCAUCUGAAGGAAGGGGUGGGAGUGGCCUGCUGGAUGUACCUGAUGCAGGAGCUAAAAAGAGUGCUCACCGACUGAGCAUGCCCUCAGAUUACAAGGACUGGGCUUUCUCUCCGGAGUCAGCAAAUGGUUUCUGUGAAGAAGAGAACAUCUAUUUGGAAAGACCUGCUCAAAACAUGGAGCCUGUAGAGCUAGUCGUGCCUAACAAAAUCUCUGUCUCUAGUCCAGAUGUCUCCAUUGAAGAUGAUUCACCUGACAACACACAGCGUGAGAUGGGUAACGAGGCUGAGGGUAUGUCAGACAGCGCCCAGGAUCUUACACGCUCCUUCCUGCUCCACAUCAAACUGAGGGAAGGACGGAACCUGGUGGUCCGAGACCGCUGCGGCACCAGCGACCCGUAUGUAAAGUUCAAGCUGGAUGGAAAAACGAUCUACAAAAGCAAAGUGAUUUUCAAAAACCUGAACCCCACAUGGAACGAGUCAUUCUCUUUGCCUGUGAAGGAUCUGAAUCAGAAACUUUACGUUAAGGUAUACGACCGGGAUCUUACCUCUGAUGACUUUAUGGGCUCUAACGCCGUCCACCUGAGUGACCUGGAGAUUGACAAGCUCCAUGAGUUGGCUUUGGAGCUGAAAGAUGAAAACUCUUUGGAGGAGGACAUGGGCAGUGUGCUGGUGGACAUGAGACUGUGUCUCAGAAAUGGAGGCUCCAAGAAAGGCAACAGGUGGCUCCGACACCGAAGUAGUGGGGGAGGCCCGUCUCCGAACUCUCGUCUGUCAGAUUCUCUGAGAAAGAGUCAGCUGUGGACGUCUGUUGUCUCAGUGACUCUGGUGGAAGGUCGGGAUCUGCUGCAGUGCUCGCAGACGGGUCACUUCUACGUCCGCUUCAGACUGGGGGAACAGCAGUAUAGAAGCAAGGUGUGAAGUGAACCUGUCUGAGGUCCCCUUCAACACGAGGACCCUGUUCAAGUACAGGAUGGACCCGCACAGAGGGAGCCUGGUCUUCCUGGUUAUACUGAACACGUGCAGCGGCCUUUCCAUCUGCGACCUCGGCGCCGCGCCGCUCGACGAACGCCGCGAACGCCAGAAGCAGCUGGAUAAUUACUGCUUGAGAAACUCUCUGAAGAACCUCAGUGAUAUCGGUUUCCUUCAAGUCAAAGUCUUGAAGGCUUCAGAUCUGAUGGCCGCAGAUUUAAAUGGUAAGAGUGACCCUUUCUGCGUGUUAGAGCUGGGCAACGAUAGACUGCAGACCCACACGGUCUACAAGAGCCUUAACCCAGAGUGGGCCCAAGUUUUCACGUUCCCUGUCAAAGACAUUCAUGACGUUCUGAUGGUGACCAUCUUUGAUGACGAUGGAGACAAGGCACCAGACUUUCUGGGAAAAGUUGCCAUUCCCCUGCUCUCGAUCAACAGAGGACAACAGAUCACCUACCCUCUGAAGAAACUGGACCUGGGUCAUCUGUCGAAGGGAAGCAUCACUCUGGAGCUGGAGGUUAUUUUUAACCCUGUCAAAGCGAGUAUAAGAACUUUCCAGCCAAAAGAGAGAGCCUUCUUGGAGGAUCCUCCCAAAUUUUCUAAAAAGGCUCUGUCCAGGAAUGUGACGCGUGUCAAAGCAGUGUACGGAGCCAUCAUGUCCACCCUGCUGUACAUCAAAAGCUGCUUCCAGUGGGAGAGCAUUCAGCGGAGCUCGCUCGCCUUCCUGGUUUUCCUCGUGACCGUGUGGUACUGGCAGUUCUACAUGCUGCCAGCCUCCCUGGUUCUGCUCAUCACCUGGAACUACUUCCAGAUCCGGUCUGGACGAGUCAGCCAGGACGUGCACAGCAUGGAUUUGGAGGAUGAGGAUGAUGAUGAUGAUAAGGAGUCGGAGAGGAAAGGGCUCAUCGAUAAAAUCCACAUGGUCCAAGACAUCAUCAUCACCGUUCAGAACCUGCUGGACGACGUCGCCUGUUUGGGGGAGAGGAUUAAAAACACGUUUAACUGGUCGGUGCCGUUCCUGUCGGGUUUGGCUCUGCUGAUCUUUGUCAUCGCUGCAGUUUUUACAUACUUCAUCUCCGUCCGCUACGUCAUCCUCAUAUGGGGUAUCAAUAAAUUCACCAAGAAGUUACGGAACCCGUACAGCAUCGACAACAAUGAGGUGCUUGAUUUCCUCUCCAGGGUGCCGUCAGAUGUGCAGAAGGUUCAGUUCAGCGAGCUGAAAAGCAUCAAGAAGAAGAAGCUCUCAUAGGUGCUGGACCUGAGUUUUACUGAAAACCACCCGGUAGAAGAYGGUGAAUCUGUCUGGAGCUACAGAAAUAUUUUUUUAGGAGACAGAGCUCAGAUUGCUGGUCCUGAUCCACAGCUCGGAUCAGCCAGCGCUUCUCAACCAACCGAGCCUACAGAGAUGAUUUGAUCCCUUUUUAUGAAUGUUUUCUAUUUGUGUACAUGUGCACCAGGUUGUAAUGUUAUUUACAAAGAGUUUUGAUGUAAUAUUUUAUGUACAGUUUAAGAUUAUCAAUCAGAAGCUGCCGUGUUUUAUAUUUUUGGCAUGUAAUAUUAAAAAGGCAGUCUUUUCUGAGAUGAAUGUAUGUUUUUAUGUUAUUUAACAAGUUGUCAUAAGGUAUUUUAAAGGAAAGGGGUUUUGGGAUUUCCAUAUUGCUAUUUUCUAAAUCUAAUCAUAUUUAAAUAAAUAUGAAAACUUAGCAGCUAUGCAUGCCAUUUCUGAACCAAAUCAUUAAGUGUAAACAGUAAUCUCUAAUUGAAUGGGAGUAGAAAUGUUAGAYGUGCAUAAAUGAGUUAAGUUUUCAUCAUUAAAAUUGUCUGAUUUA